AUGGGCAAGCUUUCUGGCAAGGUUGCGCUGGUUACAGGCGCGGGCUCUGGAUUUGGUGAAGCCAUUGCGCACAGCUACGUCGCCGAAGGCGCAAACGUGCUGGUUGCCGACGUUGCAGUGGAAAACGGGAAGCGCGUGGCCUCUGAAAUCACUGCAAAGAACUACCCCUCGGGAGGAAAAGCAGUCUUUAUUGAGUGCAAUGUGAUCAAAAAGGCGGACUGGCAAGCCGCUUUGGAUCUCGCUGUGAAGCAGUUUGGGCAACUCGAUAUCGUCGUGAAUAAUGCGGGCACCACAUACAUCAAGCAGGACAGUAUGGGGGUGACGGAGGAGGAUUUUGACAAGGUUAUGACUGUUAAUACGAAGAGCAUUUACUGGAGUGUUGCGGUCGUCAUGCCUUAUUUCGUGGAGCGCAAGUUCGGCGUCUACCUCAAUACCUCGUCCGUUGCGGGGACACGAGUGCGUCCUGGGCAGGUUUGGUACGGCGCGAGCAAGGCUUGGAUUACGCAGGGUCUCGCAGCGGAGUAUGGUCCUUACGGAAUCCGAAUCAACUCAGUUUGUCCCGUGCGUGGCACCACGGCACUGCUGGAAAAGUUCAGCGGGGUCCCCGAUUCCCCCGAGGAGCGUGCUCGUUUCGCAAAAACCGUCCCUUUGGGCCGCCAGUCGGAACCUGAGGAUGUUGCCAAGUCGGCCGUUUUCCUUGCAUGCGACGAUUCUUCAUUCAUUAGUGGAACCAAUCUCGCCGUUGAUGGAGGCCGUCUGGCUGUCUAG